CAUGGCGCGGCCAUCAUAGCUUGUAUAUAUAUAUAUCCCAGCACACACACUCAUAUCCCCAUCUCUUUUUUUGAAAAAUUCAGUUUGUUUUUUGUAAAAUGGAAUCUUUAGGAUCAGUUGAAUCUUCCGUCUUUCUUCUGGCGGUUUCUAAUGGUGAUUCGAGAUUUAAGCCUGCUGUGAGAAUUAGUGUUCACUCACUUCAAGCGAAAAGCAAGAAAGUUCUUGCUAGACAGGGGGACCUCCGUCAGCAGAUUGCCAAAAGAAGGAAUUUGGUUUCUUCCAUAAAAUGUAGCAGUUUUGACCAUGAAAUAGACCGAACUUCUCAUGAACAGAGGGAUAGCUCCUUGCCAGAUUCAGAGAGUACUUCAACUAGUGAUGUAAAUAUACUUCAACACCAAAAUAACAAUGUUCUUCCAAGUGGCUAUGUCCAUUCACCUGCAGAUGAAGUACCAGAAAUUUCACCUUCAGCUAUCAGUGGUGGUUAUGCUAAAGAUGAAAUGGAACAUGGACAACGUAUAUCUCCUAAAACAUCUUCCUCUAUUAAGAAUUUGACCAAAGAGUUUAAAGAUAUGGAGAUGAAAUCAGAGAAUGAAAUUAUUGAAGGUUCAGCAGAAUCAACUUUGCCUAAGGUUGAUAAUGUCGAAAAUGAUACUAUGACUGAAGAUGCAAAAUCUGUUCCUUUGGCUGGGGCCCAUGCAAUGAAUAUAAUCUUGGUAGCUGCAGAAUGUGCUCCAUGGUCCAAAACAGGUGGCCUUGGAGAUGUUGCUGGGUCUUUACCGAAGGCUUUAGCUCGGCGUGGACAUCGCGUCAUGGUUGUGGCACCUAGGUACCAUAAUUAUGCUGAACCUCAGUAUACUGGAGUUCCAAAGGUGUAUAAAGUGGAUGGUCAGGAUUUUGAAGUAACGUACUUCCAAGCCUUCAUUGAUGGGGUUGAUUUUGUAUUCAUUGAGAGUCCUAUCUUUCGCCACUUGGAGAAUAACAUAUAUGGAGGAAACAGAGUAGAUGUUUUAAAGCGGAUGGUAUUAUUUUGCAAAGCUGCUGUUGAGGUUCCUUGGCAUGUCCCAUGUGGUGGAGUCUGCUAUGGGGAUGGAAAUUUGGCUUUCAUUGCAAAUGAUUGGCAUACAGCACUGUUACCAGUGUAUCUGAAGGCAUAUUAUCGAGACAAAGGUUUUAUGCACUAUGCAAGAUCUGUUCUUGUAAUUCACAACAUCGCUCACCAGGGUCGCGGACCAGUGGACGAUUUUCGUUAUAUGGAUCUACCAGGACACUACAUUGACCUCUUCAAACUCUAUGACCCAGUUGGUGGUGAGCACUCCAAUAUCCUUGCAGCUGGACUUAAGACAGCAGAUCGUUUGGUUACUGUUAGUCAUGGAUAUGCCUGGGAGCUCAAAACAUCUGAAGGUGGUUGGGGUCUACACAAUAUCAUAAAUGAGAAUGGCUGGAAAAUGAGUGGCAUAGUUAAUGGGAUUGAUGCAAAAGAAUGGAACCCGCAGUUUGAUGUUCACUUGACGUUAGAUGGUUAUACUAACUACUCCCUGGAAACACUAGACACUGGCAAGCCUCAGUGCAAAGCAGCACUACAGAAGGAACUUGGUUUGCCUGUCCGACCUGAUGUUCCUGUUAUUGGGUUCAUUGGAAGGUUGGAUCAUCAAAAAGGUGUUGAUCUCAUAGCUGAGGCAAUUCCCUGGAUGAUUGAUCAGGAUGUGCAACUAGUCAUGUUGGGCACCGGCAGACACGACUUGGAAGAGAUGCUUAGAAAUUUUGAAUGCCGACAUAGUGACAAAGUGAGGGGAUGGGUUGGUUUUUCUGUGCAGACAUCUCACAGGAUAACAGCUGGUGCGGAUAUUUUGCUCAUGCCAUCAAGAUUUGAGCCUUGUGGGCUGAACCAGUUAUAUGCUAUGACGUAUGGGACAGUUCCUGUUGUACAUGCAGUUGGUGGACUGAGAGACACAGUGCAACCCUUUGAUCCAUUUAGUGAGUCGGGGCUUGGGUGGACGUUUGAUAGUGCUGAAAAAAAUAAAUUGAUACAUGCAUUAUGGAACUGCUUGCUCACUUAUCGACAGUACAAGAAGAGCUGGGAAGGACUGCAGAGAAGAGGAAUGACGCAAGACCUCAGCUGGGACCAUGCUGCUGCUAAAUACGAGGAUGUUCUUGUUGCUGCCAAGUACCAGUGGUAAGCAUGACUGCAUUUCAAUAUUUCUGACUUUUUCGCUUUUUGUAUAAGCUUAGAAUGAGAUCCAAUUGUGACCUAAAUGAUAUUAGUGAGUGGAGAAGAUAGUUUUCAAAAGGACCCUCUGAUGCAAGGAAGGGAUAUAUUGGUAGUAACCUGAGUCUGAUUCAGGAGUUAUAAAUACGUCAAUACUUUCUGAUUUUAUCACAUUGGCAGAGGAUUUGUGUGAUAACCAAAUUUUGAUCUUGUGCUCUCUAUUA